GUUUUGAUUUGGCGGUUAAUGGUAUAGGUUAAGGUUAUACAACUUCGUCUGACUGACUAUUUGUUUGAGAUGAUGUCAGGGGACUGUCAGAGUCAAGGCCUGGCAGAAUGGCUGCAUGCGCUCGGCUGGCACGAGCGUCUCAAACAAAUGGAUCUGCGGAAACUCAACACACCCAAGAUGCGAUCAGUCUGGAGACAUUUGCAAGCUCAAGUAAUGCGAAAUGAUGUCGCCAGUACAAUACGCAAGAAUGUUCUACUCAACAGGCUUGAGAACGAAAAUAUACAUCUUGGACAGUUUAGAAACUUCAAACUCGAUUCUGUCAAUCAGCUUCACAAAGUAAAAGAAAUUCUUGAAAUUGAAGAAGAAAAAGAAAAGCUAAAGGAAGAGAUAAGGGUGAUCGAUGAGAAGUUGAAAAAUGAAAAGUCCAGCCUUUUACAAAAAAAGAUUGUAGAAGUGUGGGAACAGGACAAAUUAAGUGAAAUUGAGACUAAAACGACCAUCUUGGACUUGAAACUUUACAGACUUUCUAAAGACUGCAAGAAAUUCAGUCUAGACGAAGAGACUGUUGAAACAUUGAAAGCUGAUAAAACAUCUACUUCUUACAACGAGCUUAGCCACCAAAAGUACACAGUCAGUAAUUACGUUAAGAAUUACAGUUAUCCAUUCAAGGAUACAGAUGAUGAUAGUGAAUACAUGUGCGAGAUGAUGAGUUCAAUAUUGGAAUUUAAACCUGAUAACAUACUGGAUGGCACUGUCCGAAAUGCUACGGAAGCUCUGAAAUCUCUGCAUUCUAAGAUAGAUGUCACACCCGAUUUAAGAGAUGAAACUUCGAUGAUGUUUGAAGAAAAGUUGAGAGACCUAAAAAUUAUGGUGAUAAAAAACAGACAGAAGAUUCAAAAGAUUGCCCAGAGAAAAAUAUUGGACUCAAAUGAACUCCAGAAAGAAAAAGAAGAACUAUUAAAGGAAUUCAUAGAUGUAUACAGAAAUAACAAAGAAGAAACUGACAAAGGAAGCUGUCAACUCAGGGAAAUAAAUGAAGAGGUAGAUGAAGACGACAUGAAUAACAAACAUGUUCAACUACUCCUAAAUGAUUUAUUGGAAAAGAUUCAAAAAGAAAGAAAGAAAAAGAAAAUUUGGGAGGAAAAUAAUCUGCUGAUUUCUGAUGAAGAUUACCAAACUUUAGAAGAUCUGAAGCUGUCAAUCCUCACUCUCUCAGCCGAAGUAAAUGAAACGUGGAAGAAAGUUGAGCAUAAAGUCAACGAGUUUAAUGCAGUAACUUCAACAGCAUACAGUACGGAUUUAGCUAAAGUAAAUGAACUUAUUGAUGAAAUUAAACAAGUAGCGUCAGAUUUUAAGAAUGAAACCAGUGUAUAUUGUAACAAAUCUAUUGACAGUAAUGAAUUCACUGAUAUGAUAUACAGAGAAAUUGAAGUGUUCCAGAAUAUCCCAAUGAUUGCCCUUCAAAGAAAGUGGGACACAAGUAAUGAGAUGUUGCGAGUUUGCUCAACAAAAAGAUCCGCAAAUGACUUAUCUUUAUUGAUGUUUCUCUCUCAGACAGAAGAAAAAAACAUAAUCAUCAACGUUCUUGAGAAAUAUCUUUGGUCUUUGUACAUUAGUCCUCAGUUUCAUUAAGUUGCCUUUUUGCACUUAUAUUUAUUUCAAGAGAAAACCCCAAUGUCAUAAAUAUGUAAAUAUUCUCAGCCGACAACUUGAUUGCCAUUCACACACAGUUGAGUCAUGGUAGGACAUUGAAGAUCUUUAUGUUUGUCCAUCUUACCCUCACAAAAUUGAAAUUUCGUAUUGGAUCUGUAAUAAUGUAACAAAAUUAAGCUAUCAAUCAUUUCAGCCUCUGGAUUGCUUAAUAAUCAAAUAGAUAAUGUAAACUCUUACCUUAGCAAUCCUUAUUAUGGUUGUCCGAUAUUAAUUUC